GGAAAAGAGGAAAACAAAACCUCCCAUCACCUUCUUCUUCAUCCCCUCUCUCAUCCCUUUCUCUGGUUCUUGGAUCUCUCUUCUUGAUUAAGCCUCGAUAAUCAGGGAGUUUUCGGAAUACAAGCCUCUAUCCGUCUCGCAAUCGCUGAAAUUUGGGAGCUUUCCAAUCUUAAUGGUUUAUCUACCACCGCAAGCAGUAUGGGACAAAGAAAUAUAAUGGUUGAUUUAGAAAUGCAACAGCAGUCUCAAGGCUAUGUGCAACCAGAGCCUUGCAUCUUUUUAGGCAGCUUUCCUCAACCUGAUAUCCCUGGUGUGAUCCCGGCUGCUGGAAAUAUUCCAAAUCUAGAAGCUCAUCCUCAGCCAGAGCCCUACGACGGCACGAUGUUCUAUGGGAUUCCUCAACACAGUGCACUGAAUUUUUAUCCCCCUUAUGUGGCUUUCCAUGCACCACCAAAUCAUUUGCCAUCUUCUAGCAGUCAUGGCAUGGUUGGAGUAACUUCCGAUGAAUACGAGAGGAAUGCCCACUUUACGGAUCACACAAGCGGGCCGUAUAAAAGGAAGAAUGCGGAAGGAACACCUGGGAAUUCUCAGUAUUUAAAUAGCGUACCAGCUCCUUUAAGUACAACCGAGACAGUGCCUUUCUCUUUGCCUCAGUUUUGGUGGAAUGGUAGGAGUAGAACAGGAGCUGCUACCAUGGAUCCUGUUCUCUCUCGUGGUCAGAACAGCUUUAUUCAAGGAAACUAUGCAGGUCAGCCUUUCCCACUGCCAGGGUCUGUCUGGUUCGACCAGCAUCAGAUGAGUAAUGGUAGAUCUGAUGGAUCGCCUUUGCCUUGGUCCCAGGCUCCUUCUGUGCCUUAUAUGCCUGGCUCUGGUUCAAGAGAGUCUGGUAGCAGAAACCCUGCAGCAUUCAUUUAUCCUUCUCCACUAAAUCCUAGGCAUCACUAUUUUAAUCAUCACCCAUCGUUGUGGUCUCCUAUUCAAGGAGUGAGAGGCCAUAAUGCCACAGUGUACCCUCCCAUGGCUAUGGCUGCAUACAGAGUUCAUACAGAGAUGGGUUCAACUCAUGUGAGACCUGUUCAACCAGCUGGGCUUAGGACUGAAGCACCUCUCAGUCUCAGACAACGUGGAUUCCCUCACCUCAGAGUCAUGCCGGCUGAUGAAGUUGCGCUGUUGGAGGUAGGAGAUUUCUACGAUGCUGGAAAUUACAUCGAUCAUCAUAGAGACAUGCGCUUGGACAUAGAGGACAUGUCUUAUGAGGAGCUUCUGGCGUUGAGUGAGCGUAUUGGAACAGUGAAAACUGGUUUGUCAGAGGAAAAAAUUCACAAAGAUCUGAAGACAAGGACCUAUGUAUCGGCUCAAAUCAAACUGGAGGAGGCUACACCUACAGAUUCUUGCACAAUAUGCCAGGAAGGCUACAUGAACCAAGAGAAGAUCGGGACCCUUGAUUGCGGGCACGAGUACCAUGCAGACUGCUUGAAGAAGUGGCUGUUUGUGAAGAACGUUUGCCCCAUCUGCAAAUCCGAAGCCAUUGCCAUGUAAAAGGAUGAGGUAUAGGAAGUGGUACAAUGGAUGGUUUAUCUAUUAGUUCACAUAUAUAUAAGAAAGAACCGAAAGAAAGAGAACGAAGUCGGGUAUUUCUGCUGCCACUUAAAUCUGUAAAUUUGUGAUUUGUGUAAAAAACAUUUGUUUUCUUGACUCGGUGUCUAGGAAAGAAUUGUACAGAGUCUUUGGUUCUUUGUACAUUUUUGGUUGCUCUGUUGCUGUUAGUGACCUCUUUCUUUUGAUGUUU